AACACUUGCAUUAGUGGCGGGAAAAAAGUCUAAGGGGAGGGCUGUUGAAGGUACAACACACAGACAGAUUGAGUGAUGGAAGACACAUUAAAGCAGAGCAAUAGAAAGGGCUCAAGGGUACAAAAAAACACAACAGCAGCAGAGAAACUUGACCAGGAAAACCAAGCAUCAAAGCCUCAAACUAAAAAAUCAAGUAAGACAGAGAAUAAUGGAGAACAAGAGAAAGGAACUGUAAUAUCCAACAAAAGUGGUGCCAGAAAAACAGCAAAAGUGAAUGGUGUUAGUGAAAGUAAUGAGGCACCUAGAGCAGAGAAUGGCAAGGCAGAAGAAGAAAUGAUCAAAAUCAAGCAAGAGGAAGAUACUGAAAUCAAUGAACAGAGGGGAAAAGAUAGGCAUGUUGACGAAUCUGAAGCUAAGGGAGAAAUAAAUGUAAAGGAGAAAAUUCAACCAGAAACACAAAGAAAAAAUAGCCAUGAGGAUAGCUCAGGCAUUGUCCCUGUUAAGAAAAGAGGAAGACCUAAAAAAGGCAAAGAAAAUCCUGAAGUCAAUGGACAGGGGGACAAAGUAAACACUGCAGGUCUGGAUGGAGUAGAAAACACUGACCCAGGUAGAGGGAUGCACACUGGUCCAGAUAAAGAUGUGAACACUGGUCAGGAUAAUGAUGGAAAUAAUGUUCUGGACCAAGAUGUAAACACUAAUCCUGAUAAAGAUGUAAACACUAAUCCUGAUAAAGAUGUAAACACUAAUCCAGAUAAAGAUAGAGACACUAGUAUGGAUAAAAAUGAACAUGCUCAGUUGGACAAAAAUGUUAAAAAGAAGUCCAGAAAAGGAGAUGGUAAAGUACACAAUAAAUCACAGGAGACAGUAACUGAAGAGACAAGGGUCUCUGAGGAACCAACAAUGGCUGAAGAAGGAGAAAAGACUGAUCACAAACCAGUAGGUGCUGAGGACAAUGAGGGCAAGUCUAAUAAAGCCACGAAGGGGAGAAACGAGCAACCAAAAGCAGUGAUGGCAGAUCAUAGCAAUUUGGACUCUGAAAAUCAGUCCAAUGAAAAUGAUGAUUAUACCUCUCCUGUCAAACGUAAAAGAGGAAAACUAGUUGAAGUUAAAUCUGAGGCUGCAGGAGACAAGGAAAUAAAGGAGAAAAUUCACACAGAAACUCAAAAACAAAGCAACAAGGAGGAUAGCUCUGAAACUGCCCAGGAUAGCUCAGAAACUGCCCAUGCUAAAAAAAGAGGGAGACCCAAAAAAGACCAGAAAAAUUUAGAAAUCAAUACCAGUCUCGAUAAAGAUGUUCACAGUGGUCUAGCUAAAGAUGCAAACACCAAUCUAGAUAAAGAUAUUAACACUGUUCUGGAUAAAAAUGUAAACUCUGUUGGAUCUAAAUCACAGGAGACAGCAACUGCCAACAUUAAAUCAGAGGAAACAGAGACUGCAGAUAUAAACAUCUCUGAAGGCUCAAAAACAGUCCCUACAAGUAAAAGAGGAAGACCUCCAAAAGGCCAGAAAAAUACAGAAGUGAAUGGACACGGGGACAAAAAUAUUAACACUGGUCUGGACAAAGAUGUCCAGAAGAAGCCAACACAGAAAAGUGAAGUCCAGAGUAAAUCACAAGAAAAGGUGUCUGAAGACACUACAGUUUCUGAAGCACAGACAUCAAAGAAUAAGAAAGGAGGAAAGAGGGAUGAUAAAGUGGAUGCUGAGGAUAAUCGGACCAAGUCUGCCAGAGCCACCAAGAGACAAAACGAGCAACCAAAAGCAGUGAUGGCAGAUCAUAGCAAUCUGGACUCUGAAAGUCAUUCUAAUGAAAAUGAUAAUUGUACCUCUCCUGUCAAACGUAAAAGAGGAAAACAAGUUGAAGUUAAAUCUGAGGCUGAGGGAGGCAAGGGAACAAAGAAGAAAAUUCACACAGAAACACAAAAACAGAACAAGGAGGACAGCCCAGAAACUGCCCAUGCUAAGAAAAGAGGGAGACCCAAAAAAGGUGAGGAGAAAACUAAAUCCAGUCCCAAGAAAUUUGAGGAAACUCGGGAUCCUAAGAGCGAUGGGGAAGAAGCCACCAAGAGGAAGAGAGGAAGACAGGAACACACUGUGCCAGGAGAUGAAGAAAAACAAACCGAUAAGAAAGGGAAGGGAAAGCACACAAGUGAUAAAUCACAUGCAACAUCCAAAUGGGAGGAAAAUGCUGCCAAGUUCAAGUGGGCAAAAAGUGCCAAGAAGAAGUUUGUGGGAGGACAUGUGUCCAUUGCAGGUGGACUUUACAAAGCUGUAUUGGAGGCUGAGGAGAUGGGGUCCAGAGCAUUUGGAUUGUUUCUUAGAUCCCAGAGGCAAUGGGCUACUAAACCCCUGGCUGACAAAGAUGCACAGAAGUUUCGUGAUACUUGUGUGGAAUAUGGCUACCAUCCUGACAUGAUACUCCCCCAUGGGUCUUACUUGAUGAACUGUGGCUCUCCGGAAGAGGAGAAUCUCCAGAAGAGUCGGAACCUGCUGGUGGAGGAACUCCAGCGCUGUCAGAAACUGGGACUCACAAGAUUCAACUUCCACCCAGGUUCUACUUGUGGGAAGAUAUCAGUUGAGGAGUGUUUAGACAGAAUAGGAGACAGUAUCAACCAGGCUUUGGUUAAAACAGAAGGGGUGACAGUUGUAAUUGAAAACAUGUGUUGUCAAGGAAACACUGUAGGAGGAAAGUUUGAGGAACUCAGAGAAAUCAUAAACAGAAUUCAGGACAAAACUCGCAUUGGAGUCUGUUUGGAUACAUGCCACAUGUUUGCUGCAGGUUAUGAUAUUUCAACAGAGAAAGGCUUCAGUAGUAUGAUGGAGGAGUUUGAACGUGUUGUUGGAUUUCGGUACUUGAAGGCCAUCCAUCUGAAUGACAGUAAAGGAGAAGUUGGGAACAACUUGGACAGACAUGAGAAUAUUGGUAAAGGUCACAUUGGAACGGAGGGAUUCCGGCGUAUAAUGAACGACUCCAGAUUGAACAACAUUCCCAUGAUUCUAGAGACACCGUGUCCGGAUGAUGACACGUACGAGAAGGAGGUUAAGAUCCUCUACUCCCUCUGCAAGUGAUGGGCGUGGUGUAAUCAUACAGUGUAGGUGUAUUGGAAUGGUACCUACCAUAAAAUGAAGCUUCUUUUGUUAAGAUCCUCUACUCUCUAUGCAAGUGAUAGGGGGGAGUGAACUUUGUUGUCUUACUACAUGUAACCGCUGUCUGACUUACAAUAAAAUAUGGCUUAUACUAAUGUGGUGGGGCUUUGAUAUAAACUUACAUGAAGAAUCUGUAGUACUUUGAACAAAGAAGUAGCUGUAUAUAGUGCUUUGAAUUACCCAACAAUGAAAUUGUAAGCAGUGAAAUGAAAAGGUUAGCAGUGGCAUCAUGUUUCUGCUUAAUAUUAAAUGAUAAUUUUGUUUCCCUCAAGUGACACAUGAUACUUUUUUUUAAUCAAUGUUUGUUUGUGGUUCUGUAAUAAUGUAACAAAU